CACAACGGUGGUGGGUCUCAUUAGCAACAGGGAUGAGACCGACUACAGAAGUGAGGUGAGACGCCUGGCCACGUGGUGUGCUGACAACAAUCUCUCUCUGAAUGUGGAGAAGACGAAGGAGAUUGUUGUGGACUUCAGGAGAAUGCACACCCAACAUGCUCCUCUGACCAUUGACGGAGCGUCUGUGGAGAGAGUGAGCAGCACCAAGUUCUUGGGUGUGCACAUCACAGAGGAUCUCUCCUGGACGUACAACACCACAGCACUGGCCAAGAAAUCACAGCAGCGUCUCUUCUUUCUCCGCAAACUAAGAAGAGCAGGAGCACCAGCCCCCAUCAUGUACACUUUCUACAGAGGCACCAUCGAGAGCAUCCUGUCGAGCUGCAUCACUGUGUGGUUUGGAGCCUGCAAUGCGUCCUGUCAUAGAACCCUCCAACGCAUAGUGAGAGCUGCAGAGAGGAUCAUUGGUGUCUCUCUCCCCUCCCUCCAGGACAUUUACAGCACCCGUCUCACUAAAAAAGCCCUUUGCAUAGCGGCUGAUCCCACGCACCCAAUGCAAAGCUUCUUCAAGCUGCUGCCGUCAGGGAGGAGACUGCGGAGUCUCCAGGCCAGGACCAGCAGACUGAAGGACAGCUUCAUCCAUCAGGCUGUCAGGAAGCCGUUUUGCCCCACUGGCAACAAUUGUUGCCAAAGUUUAUCACUGUCAUUUUCGACUCACAAUAAAAAAUCUCAAAGGUACUAAUGCAACUUUUUCCACUUAUAUGCUAGUAGACAACUUAGACAAAGGUUUUGAUUUUUAAAAAAUCGUUUCCAAGUGCUUCCUAUCGCAUGACAUCAUCUGCUUCCCGCUCUUUCUGGCUGAAGACAUGGCGGAUGCAAAUCAUCCUGGAAAGAGGUAAUUUUCAUAAAUUUCUUAUGACUUUCCCCCCAAACAUAUUUAUAAUUAUUUAAUCAUUCAAGUCUCUAGAGUAACCCUCCCCAAAAAAAUUGUACCUAGGAUAAAUAUUUUUUUGUUCAUGGGCUUAUUUCUGUGAGUGGCAACAAAAGUUGCCAGUGGGCACAUAGCAUGUCGCUAACUAAAGGAAAACACUGUCUGCAGGAUUGCUCCUAAUUUACUUAUUUGAUUGAGUAUUUUGGAAGGCAUGGGUGCAAACAGUUUAUUAGAGGGAAGCCUAUUCGUUUUGGGUAUAAAAUAUGGAGCUUAGCAUCCUCCUCCGGGUUUGUCCAUCAGAUGGAGCCAUAUGUAGGAAGCCACACACAUCUGGUGGAAACUGGACUUGGUCAGGGUCCAAGUGUGGUUCUUGGCCUGGCAGAGAAAGCUGAAGUGCCACCUGGAGUCAAGUUUUACCACGACAACCUCUUCACAACCCUGUCCCUGGUGGAUGAGAUGACCCUGAGAGGCUAUGGCAGGUGUGGCACGAUGCGACAAACUCAGCUGCAUAACGUUCCCUUCACAGCACCCCAGACCUUCAAGAAGACACCCAGAGGAGAUGCUGAGUAUCUGGUUGAGGCAGAGAAGCUGAUUGUAAGGUGGAAUGACAACAGCGUGGUCACCGUGGUGUCGAACAUGGAGAGGGAGUUCACCGAAACUGAGGCGAAGAGAUGGAAUAAACAGAAGCGGACUAUGGACAAGGUCAGACAGCCCAAGUGUAUCCAGGACUACAACACACACAUGGGAGGAGUGGACCUGCAUGACCAGUUUGUCAGCCGCUACAGAGUCAACAUCCGGUCCAAGAAGUGGUGGUGGCCAUGCUUCAGCUGGGCCCUGAACAGUGCCAUGGUGAACAGCUGGUGCUAUUACAGGUCCUGGAAAAGCGGGGAGAAGGAUCUCCUCUCCUUCCAGAGGCUGGUAGCCCAGACCCUCCUCCUGCGCCAUGGAACAAAGCCAAGUAGGCAGGGCAGAAGAUCUUCAAUGGCGGUGGCGAUAACUGAUGCCACCAGGUUUGAUAAUUUGAACCACUGGCCCUGCAACACUGGUAGCAGGUACAAGCGAUGCAAGAACUGCGGCGGACGCACAUCAUUUGCGUGUGGAAAGUGUGAUGUGCCACUACAUGUGGAGUGCUUCAAGAAGUACCACACUGAGUAGAACAUGCAUGAAAGAUGAUGGAAUGUAUGGGAAGAAAUAUGUUAUAUAUGUUUUUAUGUUUUUAUGUUUUUAGAGGUUCUAAGAAAAAAAUGUUUGUUGAGUUUUUGAGUAUAAAAAAAUUGAGAAUAAAGAAAUCAGUUCAAAUUGUUUGAUGUUUUGAAUUUUAUACAGGGGGAACCUGAGGCUCUACCUUUUUGUUAUUAUUUAUUAUGACUAUAUUAUUAUUUUGUUCUUAUUAUAUUAUUAUUAUUACUUCUCUAUUAUUAUUAUUAGGUGACAUUUGACCUAGUGACAAGCUGUGUGACUACUGGCAACAAUUGUUGCCAGUCAU